ACGGAACGGGUAUAAAAGGCGGCGUGCGCGGAGACUCUGCCUUUUCAGUUGAGGACAGCGGCGGGAAGCAGAACAUGUCAGGCGGCUCCGCGGAUUAUAGCAGAGACCAUGGCCCUGAGGGAAUGGACCCCGAUGGCGUCAUUGAGAGCAAUUGGAAUGAAAUCGUUGACAAUUUUGAUGAUAUGAAUUUAAAAGAGUCCCUUCUCAGGGGAAUUUAUGCUUAUGGUUUUGAGAAGCCGUCAGCUAUCCAGCAGCGUGCUAUUAUUCCAUGUAUCAAAGGGUAUGAUGUGAUUGCUCAAGCUCAGUCAGGUACUGGCAAGACAGCCACAUUUGCUAUUUCCAUCCUGCAACAGUUGGAGAUUGAUCUCAAGGAGACCCAAGCACUAGUGUUGGCUCCUACCAGAGAACUGGCACAACAGAUCCAAAAGGUUAUUCUGGCUCUUGGUGAUUAUAUGGGCGCAACUUGCCAUGCUUGCAUUGGUGGCACAAAUGUUCGCAAUGAGAUGCAGAAGCUGCAGGCAGAGGCACCACACAUCGUGGUGGGGACUCCAGGACGUGUAUUUGACAUGUUGAAUAGGCGCUACCUGUCGCCUAAAUGGAUCAAAAUGUUUGUCCUGGAUGAGGCAGAUGAGAUGUUGAGCCGAGGGUUUAAGGAUCAAAUCUAUGAAAUUUUUCAGAAGUUGAGCACAAACAUUCAGGUUGUGUUGCUGUCUGCCACUAUGCCCAUGGAUGUGUUGGAAGUGACCAAAAAGUUCAUGCGAGACCCCAUUCGCAUUCUGGUGAAGAAAGAGGAGUUGACUCUUGAGGGGAUCAAGCAGUUCUACAUUAAUGUAGAGAGAGAGGAAUGGAAGUUGGAUACUCUCUGCGAUUUGUAUGAAACCUUGACCAUUACUCAGGCUGUGAUUUUCCUCAACACAAGGAGGAAAGUAGAUUGGCUGACAGAGAAAAUGCAUGCAAGGGACUUCACGGUCUCGGCUCUGCAUGGUGACAUGGAUCAGAAGGAGCGAGAUGUUAUCAUGAGAGAGUUUAGAUCAGGAUCAAGCCGUGUCCUGAUCACUACGGACUUGUUGGCUCGCGGCAUUGAUGUGCAGCAAGUAUCACUAGUUAUAAAUUACGACUUGCCAACCAAUCGUGAAAACUAUAUUCACAGGAUUGGCCGAGGUGGUCGUUUUGGCAGGAAGGGUGUGGCUAUAAACUUUGUGACUGAGGAGGACAAGAGGAUCCUUCGGGAUAUUGAGACUUUCUACAAUACUACAGUGGAGGAGAUGCCCAUGAAUGUGGCUGACCUCAUUUAACCCCUGGGAUGAGAUGUUUUUGGGAUGCAGUGCUCGCUGUUGCUGACUAGGCGAUCCACAACGCGCAUUGUGCUUCUUUCUUGGGGGAUACAUUGAAUCUUGUCUCAAUGCUCAUUACGGAUCAGAAAUACAGAUUUUUGAUAAGCGAAGCGACAUUUCGUCGUGAGCUUUUGUGGAGAGAGCCUUUGGCUUUCUCCCCUUUAGGGUGUAGACUGUUGGGGUUGGGUGGAAAGUCAUGGGGUCUGUACAUUUUUUCUUUAUUAGACAUUUAUUUCCUAGUUCUGUAGAAGUGUUAGUAGUGCUAGAUGUUCUUUUUCAUUUAAUAAUUUACUUAUGGACUAAGAGGUAUAAGUGCUGUAUAAAAUCGGCCAAUUAUGUUAAACUGGCGUACCUACCUUUAUUAUAUGUUACAGUUAUAUAUAUAUAUUAGACUAAUUUGGAAAGGCCUUUCAAAAUUACUAAACUUUUAUAAGAGCAUUGAAAUGCAUUUUUGUUUGAUAUGUAUUUAUUGAAUAAAGUAUUUAAUUAAUUAGUGUUAAGUGUGAUCUGGGCCCUAUUGCUAAACCCCAGCAAGCAAAUCAGUACUGUUGUCUUAGUUAGGGUUAAACCCAUUAAAAUUGCCAUAUUGCACAUGUCUUAAUGAAGUUUGAAUGUUCAAUAAAAUAUUAUAUAUUCA